CCUGGGCUGGCGGCAGCGGGUGGAGUGGCCGCGCCGAUGUCGGGCCCACGGGGCGCUCUGCAAGCCUGGUGCCGCCGGCAGUGCGAGGGCUACCGCGGCGUGGAGAUCCGCGACCUCAGCGCCUCCUUCCGCGAUGGCCUGGCCUUCUGCGCCAUCCUCCACCGGCACCGGCCCGACCUCCUAGACUUUGAUUCCCUCUCCAAGGAUGAUGUCUACGAGAAUAACCGCUUGGCCUUUGAAGUGGCAGAGCGGGAGCUGGGCAUCCCAGCCCUGCUGGAUCCCAAUGACAUGGUCUCCAUGAAGGUCCCUGACUGCCUCAGCAUCAUGACUUAUGUGUCUCAGUAUUACAACCAUUUCAACAGCCCCAGCCAAGCCAGAGGCCCUCCGCCUAUGAAGCACCCAGCCGCUGCCUCCUCGCCGCCUCUGCUGUCCCACAAGAAGCCCGUGGCUGUCAGCGAGAGCUCCCCCCCACCACAGGAUGAUGCCCCCUUGGAGCCGUUGGAGCAGCCCCAGCGCCCCACGCUCAGCAGUACCUGCGCAGCCUGCCAGCAGCAUGUCCACCUGGUCCAGCGCUACCUGGCUGAGGGCAAGCUCUACCACCGCCACUGCUUUAGAUGUAAGGAGUGCUCCAGCACACUGCUCCCCGGGUCAUACAAGCCUGGGUCAGAGGCAGGGACUUUUGUCUGCACACAGCAUCGUGGUAAAUUGGCCAUGAGCGGGAAGGCGGAGAGGAGACCCAGCCCAGACCAACUGUCACCAGAGCUAAGAACUGAAACUGGAGCUGGCAGUGUGGGUGAGGACAGCCUCCCCGCAGGAGGAGAGGUGGGGAAGGACAGCAGCGACUCCCUGGAAGGCAUGGCAGAGCCCCACGAGCCUGCAGAGGGGCCGGCAGGCCCGGCGGAGGAGGACGGCACACCCAGCAAGGCAGAGACAGCCACGGCCCCUGCUCCUGCAGGCAGCGUGGCACCCCUCUCCCAAACUCCUCCCAGACCUCCCCUUCCCAGCAAGCCCACCCUGCUCAUCCAGGACAAAGCCAGCUCCCUGGAGGGACAGCUCAGAGACACGCGGCCCACGCCUGCCCCAAGGAGGGCCACCGAUGCGUCGGCCCUGUCCCCCCCGGCCUCUCAGCCCGUCCCCCGGCCCAGGUCCACUCUGCAGGGCGAGGGCAGCGAGUGUGGGCCCGGCAUGCUGAACGGUAGGGUACCUGAACCCAGCCCCCCUGUCCCAAAACCCCGAGGGAGACCCUGCUCCUCUGAUCGUGCUGGAACGGUUGUGAGAGCCAAGGACCCACCAUGGAUGGCCUUAGUGCAGACAGAGCCCAGGAAGAAGCCAGCUCCUCCUCCUCCCCCAGGCAGCAGCCAAGAGACUCCAAGUAGGACUACAGAGGAAGAGGAUGGAGAGGAGGUGGAGAAAGUCAGGAGUGAGGAGAACAGGUCUGAUGCCACAGAGGCCAAAUCGUACAAUCCAUUUGAGGAGGAUGAGGAGGAGGAAGAGGAGAGUGCUGCUGCCCAGAAGAGCACACCUGAGCAGGAGCAGAGUGAGACUGCUGCCAAGCCUCUUCACCCCUGGUAUGGCAUCACUCCCACCAGCAGCCCAAAGGCAAAGAAGCGGCCAGCUCCACGAGCCCCCAGUGCUUCCCCCCUAGCCCACCAUCCCAUCUCCAGGCUGUCACACUCUGAGCCAUCAUCCUCCACCCCAUCUCCAGCCCUCAGUCUUGAGAGCAUCAACUCUGAGAGUUCAGCCAAGGUUCUGGGUGACACUGAUGAGGCCUCAGUGCCCAAAAGCUCUUCUGAGCCUACUGUCCACACACCGACGGCCACCAAGACCUCCAGCGCCGACACGCCGCUGGCCAGCGUCUCCUCCAGCGAGAGCCCUGCUGCCCCAGCCAGCCUCUCCACCAACUCUUCCUUCUCCUCCUCCAGUGAGCUGGCCAGCUUCAGUGGGGAGGUGCAGCCUAGCACCCAACACACUGGCAGGAGUGCCUCCACCAACAGCUUAAAGACUAGCCCCAGCCGGCUGUCCCUCAAGCCUCCUGCUGGGGCUAGCCCUACGCCUAUCCUCUUGGCUUCAGAUGGUGGUGCUGGAAGCCCUAAGACACCCUCCUCACCCAAGCCACAGCUGAAGUCUUCCUGCAAAGAGAACCCUUUCAACCGGAAGCCAUCACCUGCUGCCUCCCCCUCUGCAAAGAAACCUCCCAAGGGCUCCAAGCCAGUGCGUCCUCCUGCACCAGGUCAUGGCUUCCCCCUCAUCAAGCGCAAGGUGCAGACAGAUCAGUACAUACCUGAGGAAGACAUCUAUGGGGAGAUGGAUGCUAUUGAGCACCAGCUGGACCAGCUGGAGCACCGUGGGGUAGCCUUGGAGGAAAAGCUUCGCAGUGCUGAGAACGACAGCCCUGAGGACAGCCUCCUGGUGGACUGGUUCAAACUGAUCCAUGAGAAGCACAUGCUGGUGCGCCAUGAAUCGGAGCUCAUCUACAUCUUCAAGCAACAGAACCUGGAGCAGCGGCAGUCGGAUGUGGAGUAUGAACUGCGGUGCCUCCUCAACAAACCAGAGAAAGACUGGACUGAUGAGGACCGAGGGAGGGAGAAGGUGCUGAUGCAGGAGCUGGUGACCAUCAUUGAGCAGAGGAACGCCAUUGUGAACUGCCUGGACGAGGACCGGCAGAGAGAAGAGGAGGAGGAUAAAAUGUUGGAAGCCAUGAUUAAAAGGAAAGAGUUUCACAAGGAGACGGAGACCGAGAGCAAGAAGAAAGGCAAAUUCAAGCCCAUGAAGGUGCUUAAGCUGCUAGGCAACAAGCAUGACUCCAAGAGCAAGUCACCCAAGGAGAAAAGCUAGAGCAGGGGAACAUCAGCAGUGGGAUGGAUGUGCUCCCUGACUGCCCUGGCCUCCCUGCAGCUGGCUGGGACACCUGCCAGGAAUGGGGGCUUGUCUCCCUCUGCUCCCCCUCGCCCCUCUCCCCACACCCUCCCCAGGCACUGGAGCUGCCACCCCGGGGAGAUGCCAGCCCUCUGCCCAGAGUGGGGAAGUCCAACCAAAGCAUUCCCCUUCCUGAGGCUGCAGAAGAGCCUGACCAUUCCCUCCAUGAAGCCUUGCUAACGAGGUGGGGAGAAGAUGGAUUUGCUCUCUGGAUACGUCACCCCACUGCGUGUUCUUGUUGCUAACUGAGAAGCAAGCCAAGGAGUUUGGCAUUUGUGGGAAAACUUGCACUAACUGCCCCCAUCCCCUCUGCUUUUAACUGUGAUGGUUCCACGUGCCUCCAGCCGCUGCCAGGAGGGCACUGGGCCUGCCUGGCCCUCCCUGCCCACCUGCUCUUGUCCCCUUCCUGUCCCACUUCUAACUUCAGGAGAAAACUCUGGUAUCAGAACCAGGAUUCUUUGAGUUUUACUGCCUAAACUAAAAUGCUAGGAAAACACUCUUGUAUCACAAGGUUCUAGAGCCAAAGCCAAAAGCACAGCUGGUGCCCUAUUUAUUUUGAGCUGUCCCUCGAGCACCAGGGCUGGGCAGGCUCCGUUACAGGGCUGAGGGGACCCAAGGGGACGGUGUACAGCUGCUGGGCUGUAGCUCACAUGCCCUACUCAGGACAUCUUUUCCCCCACUGCUGCUAAACACCGCUGACUCUGCUGCCUUCCAGGGGAGGGAAGAACAUUUCCUUUUCCAGGCAAGGGCAGAAAAGCUCAAGACUGACUCAGUGCCAGCAAGGGGCACACCACGCUUGUGCCCCUGCCCACCAGCGCCACCGCCGAGCGGCUGGGGAGAGAGGCACAGUCACAACUGACCUUUACUCAGCUUCAUCUGUGUAUACUUUAAGAGUGUGCAGGAGUUGGCUGGUUAUUUUUUACACCUCCUUUACUAGAUGAAUUCAAACCCACUCUGAAAACUUUUUAAGCCCCUUAUUUUAUUUGUCGUGUGUGUGCGUGUGUGUACAAAGGAGGAGGGAGAGGGGUGGUGGUGUCAUUCCAAUCAUCCCUUCUUCCUUCCAUUUUUGUUUCCUGCCUUCUCCUCCAAGGUGAGGAGUUAUUUAUUGAAUUGUUGGGUCAGCCUGAAUUAGAGUUUCAUGGGUGUUUGGUUGGUCAGCUGUUCAUCAUGCCUUCUCAUUAGCAAACCAGUCAUAAGCAGCCCCGAGCAAACUGCUGCAGUCCCUUCUAAGAACCCAACAGGCUUUAGCCAAAACACUCUUGGAGCAGUGCCUUGCAAGGUGGCUGGUGUAGCAUUCUGGAAAGGGAUCUUCACUCCCCAAAACCUGAGGGCCUCACAUUCCUCCUCAAUCCCAGAGUGGCCUCCAUGGCUGGGAGAUGACAAGCUCAGCCCUGCACUGGCCAUGCUGUCUCACUCUUGCCCUACCAAGCAGGCUGAUAAGGAGCAGUAGUGGGGAGGGGAGAUCCCAAAGCACAACUCUUCUCCAAGGAGAAGCAAAUCCUCUUCAGAGCCAGCCUGCUGUCAUGUCACUGUUGCCAAAGGCCACCGGGAUUGCUGCAGCCUGCCACCCCUUGGCCCUGCGCCUGGCCAGAGCUCUGAUUUGUAAGUUACACUGAACUAACUCUGUGACUUCCAUUCACCUGAACAGAAAUAAAAGAAACAUUGGAUUUAAAAACCCAUCACAGCCUAGGUUUCCAAUUCCUUUGUCCUGGGGCCAGGGCAUGCUGCCUGGCUUUGAGGAGCAGAGCUGUGCUGAGGAGAAGGGAUUUCAGGCCAGUGCAUGCUGCUCUGUGCUGCAGGCUUGCUGUGGCAUUUUGAUUCCUGAAAGCAUGGUAGGCAGAGCAUCCAUCAGCUUCCCACAGAGCCUGGAAAUGGCUGUUUGGUCACCUCACACAUACCUCCACCUCUGUCCUCCAGCAGGCUGAAGUAUGAUGCCUUGUCCUUCCUGUGUAAAUCCCAGCAUAAAGUCCACUUCCAAUUUCCUUAACAUGCCAACAUGUGCUUCUUAGCAAUACUUGUGCCAGCUAGUCCCCAGUGUGUGCCCAGGUCAGCUGGCAGCCAAGAAGUUUGUUGAUGGACAAUCACACUGACCUGCAGCAGUGCCAGAAGCUCCUAUUUGCAGAAGGCCACACAGCUGCAUCUUUCUCCCUGCCAUCUGCCAGCUCUGCCAUUCCCAGAGUCUUGGGGACAGGAACAGGUUAUAGAUGU